AUGGGCCUGGUGAUGAGAGUCAAUGCCAUUGCAGUUGAUCUCCUAGGUGAUGUGUUUGGGGACAUUGGACUGUUCAAGUGUGAGCCAGUGAAGAUCGAGUUGAAGCCUGAUGCGGAGCCCUACUCCCUGAUGACGCCGCGUCGCAUCCCGUUUCCGCUACUUCCAAAAGCUGAAUUAAGGCGCAUGCUGUCUCUGGGCAUAAUUGAGGAGGUCACAGACCCCACGGAUUGGUGUGCCCCGAUGGUUCCUGUCGAGAAGAAAAACAAAGAUCAAGUAAGAGUGUUUGUAGACUUAAAACGUCUGAACAAAGCCGUACGCCGCGAGAGGUACAUUUUGCCCACUCUUGAAGAUAUAGCUCCAAAGCUGGCUGGAGCGAAAAUAUUCUCCACACUUGACGCAUCAUGCGGAUUCUGGCAAAUCCCGUUGGAGGUGAAUAGUCGCAAACUGACAACAUUUAUUACUCCCAUUGGGAGGUUCUGUUUCCGUAGGCUCCCUUUCGGAAUAACGUCAGCUCCAGAAAUUUUUCAAAGACAGAUGUCCACACUGCUAAAGGACCACGAAGGGGUUGUCGUUGUGAUGGACAAUAUCCUGGUGUAUGGAGCCACGACCGAAGAGCAUGAUCGUUGCCUGAAUGCAGUUUUAAAAACUAUUAAAGACAGUGGACUGAAACUGAACAAGGCCAAAUGUCACAUUGGCAAGUCAGAGAUUCAGUAUUUUGGCCACCUCAUCGGUGCAGAUGGCCUAAGGCCUGACCCAAGCAAGGUGAAGGCAAUCACCCAAAUGGCCAGACCAACAAGCGUUGAGGAACUACGUCAGGUCCUGGGGCUCAUCAACUACGUCGGGAGAUUCCUGCCAGAUCUCUCCACAAAGUUGCAUCCGAUCACUGAUCUCCUGAAGAGGGCAAACGACUGGGUCUGGAGUGAAGCACAAGAAAGAGCGUUUGAGUGUGUCAAAGCCAUGCUUGUGUCAGCCCCUGCUCUGGCAUACUACGAAGCCAACAGAAAGACUGUUGUAAGUGCAGACGCGAGCAGCUAUGGCCUAGGGGCUGCGCUAAUGCAAGAACAUGAGGGUGAAUGGAAGCCAGUGGCAUUCUGUUCUCGUACUCUGUCAGAGGCCGAGAAAAGGUACUCACAAAUUGAAAAGGAGUGCCUGGCGUGUGUAUGGGCCUGCGAGAGGUUUGCCCGCUACGUACAAGGCAUGGACAGUUUUCACGUGCACACAGACCACAAACCUCUUGUGCCACUUAUUAAUACUUACGACUUAGACAAGGCUCCUCCCAGGUGUCAGAGGCUUCUCAUGCGUCUUCUUCGUUUCAAUGUGGUGGCCGAGCACAUCCCGGGGAAGCAGCUUGUCAUUGCCGACACGCUGUCCAGACAGCCUUUGUCUGAGGUGAGUGAUGGGGAACUGGAGCACGAGGUACAGGCCUAUGUGGAAUCAGUUGUUGACAAUGCCCCAGUCUCAUCGCAAAGACUCAGAGAGAUCCGCAUGGCUACUCAGCAUGACAGCGAGCUGCCACAGAUCAUCGCCUUUAUCAGGAAUGGAUGGCCACCCAAGUCACGGGUGCUUCCGUCUCUACAGCCUUAUUUUUCUGCUAGGGCUCACCUCUCCGAAAUAGAUGGGCUAGUGCUUUAUCAGGAUAGGAUCGUCAUUCCAGCGGUGCUAAGAUCUGCCAUGCUGGAGCGGAUCCAUGAAGGACACCAGGGCCUAACCAGGUGCCGUGCACGAGCAAGGAUGUCAGUUUGGUGGCCACGUAUCAGUGGUGAGAUAACACAGAAAGUCUCGGCAUGCCGAUUCUGCAUUGAAAACAGACCCACUCAGCGGCGUGAGCCACUACUCACCACAGCCCUACCAGAGGGCCCAUGGCAGCGCGUUGCAGUGGACCUCUGCGAACUGGAGAAACAGAAUUACCUGGUAGUCAUGGACUAUUACUCAAGAGACCUCGAAAUAGCUCAUCUUUCCUCCACAUCAAGUGUUCAAGUUAUUAAUAGGCUCAAAGGCAUGUUCGUGAGAUGGGGAAUACCACUUGAACUGGUGAGUGACAACGGCACACAGUUUACAUCUGGGGAGUUAAAAGACUUCAGUGAGAAGUAUGGCUUUGUCCACACCACAACUAGCCCCCACUAUCCCCAGGCGAACGGUGCUGCAGAACGGGCUGUUCAGACGGCCAAGCACAUCCUGAAACAGCCCGAUCCACAUCUUGCUCUGUUAUGUUACAGAGCUACCCCCAGUGCAGCGACCGGCGUGAGCCCAGCUCAGCUCAUGACUGGGACACGUAUCAGAACUACACUUCCCAUGUGGGAAGAGAAGCUACAGCCUGCCCCUGUUGAUAGACAGCUGGUUCAGGAAAGAGAUGCACAGGCAAAGUCAUCCUACCAGUUCUACUAUGACCGCCGCCACUCCGCAUGUCCACUUCCACCACUCCAUCAGGGUCAGGACGUCAGAGUCAAGAUUGAUGGGGAGAAGGGGUGGAAAACUCCUGCCAAAGUCAUUGGCCGGUGCAAAGAGCCCCGGUCUUAUCUGGUGAAGAUGGACAGCGGUGCAGUGCAAAGAGCCCCGGUCUUAUCUGGUGAAGAUGGACAGCGGUGCAGUGCAAAGAGCCCCGGUCUUAUCUGGUGA